CUAGGUCUCUCCGUGAAGUUUAUCUCCAAUUGACUGACUUGUGCUGUUAUUUGAACAGUAGCUGAUCUGCCUAACACCAGACAAAAAUGGAAUGUGCCGUUGUCUGCUAGCUGGCCUACCCAUUGCUAGUGUCGGGAUCCUCAGCUUGGCACACCACCGAUUGAUUGAUACUAACUGGUGACUAGCUGAUAACUGGUCUUAUUCUAUACAUUUAACUGGGAUAGAAUUACAUGCAUGUACAGACACACGGAAAUCUACUCUUUCUUCUCCCAGUGUUUAUAUCUGCCACAUUAAAGAGCUGAGUACUUUGUUGGAGGGUGUGACACUGUGGGUAAACUUUGUUAUGCCAGUGCUGUAUUAUGUGACAGUGUGUUAAUAGUCAGCUGUUUUCUAGAUUGUAUUAUGUGUGUUAAUGUAAACAAUGUGAGACCUUGUUGAUGAUUGACUGAUAUAAUUUAAAUAGUGAGGCAAUAAACAUAUUAUUAUUACCACUGUCAAGUAUAAACAAUCACAUCGUGUGUUUUAAUUGCUGGUAAACCAAUUUGCAUUGAUUGAAAGGAUAACCGGCCCUUUGACAGUUCAACUGGAUUGAGAAACCAUGUCAAACCUGUGAUUCAGACUCACUGUGUCUCGGAAACAAUCGUAUUUUAAUGGGCUUUAUAAAUAAACUACUGUUGAUGUAGACUUAACAAGCGAAACAAGAAGUUUAAAGAAGAUCUCCUCACAGGUUUUCAUUCGCUUGCUGUGUAAUGGUUUCAUAAUUGGUGAUAAUCAAAAACGGCCAGAAUUGAGCAAUAUAGAUAUUUAUGAUGUGAAGGGCGAAAGGAUGUAAACCCUCCAGUGUGGCCAUUUCAACAAUAAGACGCCAUGAUAGAAAUGGAAAGACAUGUCAACCAGACCAAUGACAGGUUGCAUUGUAUUAAACAGCAUUUGCUGACACCAGGAGGGUUUCAAAACGCAGCCAGGGAACUGCUAGAAUGGUGCUCUGAUCUAAGAGCAUUUCAGCGCCAGUUUGAGGAGAGUUUGAUGUCCUGUUUAACGAUUGUGAGCAAAGUUUCUGCCCAACCUGGUUAUGAUCUGGAUCUUGGUUACCGUCUGCUCGCAGUAUGUGCAUCCCACAAAGAAAUGUUCAGUGCCAAGGCACAAGGAUCAUUAACCUCUUGGUGUGAAGAACUUGGCCGAUUAUUGUUAUUAAGGCAUCAAAAAAAUCGACCAAACGAUUUGGGCAAGGGUCCACCACCAGUCAUGCAUCCUCAAAUGCAGAAGCCUAUGCCACCUGGUCAUCCAGGUGGUGAUCCAAACUCAUGGGGUGGACCAAAUCAAGGCCAGGCUUUGUCUGUAGUGACAACUGUUUGGGGUGUGACACCCACAACACAAAGUGCUCCCUCCUUUCAUAACACACCCGCUCCUGGAUUUACUAACACCACCAUGACAGCUACCAAUUAUAGCCAACAACCACAAGGCUUUCCUGGAAACCAAAUUCAAAAACCUCCUUAUAACCCUCAAAAUAUGCCAUAUCGAAGAGAUCCACGACCUAGUGGUUACCCCCCUACACCUAACACACCAGGCUCUAAUCCAGCUAUGUCAGAAGGCAAUGAAUACCAGGCCCCGCCUGCUGCUUUAUCCGCUGCAGCAUUUGUAGCAGCUGCUGCGACUGCCACUGCUACAGCCACGGCAACAGCUAGUAUGGUGGCUUUACAAGAGCAGCAAAACCAGCAACAAAUGAAUAUGAACGUACAUAUGAAUAUGAAUAAUCAGUAUGGGCAACAGAUGCAGCAAAUGCAGCCUGGUCCACCACCUCAAUAUAAUAACCAUUAUCCAGGGAUGGGUCAGCAAAGACCACCAGGGCCAAUGGGGAUGGGUCCAGGAGGCCCAGGACCUAUGUCUAACAAACCCUCCAUGGGCAUGUACCGAGGAAGACCUGCACCCUAUCCAAAUCCUCAACAGUACAUGCAGUCAAAGCAGCGGCAGCAAGUCCAGUAUCCUAAUGGUGCAAAUUUUGGUCCUGGACCAGGUCAUCCUGGCCAUCCCGGUCAUCCUGGCCAUCCCGGUCAUCCCGGACACCCUGGACACCCUGGACAUCCUGGACAGGUACAAUAUAACCAGCAGUACCCACCAAAGCCUCAAUAUCCUCCUACCCAGCAACCAUUACCUUCCCCUACCUAUGGCCCAGGUCAACCUAUGCGGGGUAAUGUUCCUACCCAGUAUACAAAUGGGCAGAAUCCUUAUAUGGGCCAGGGUCAAUUCAUGCCUACUCGACCCCCUACUCAACCUCAUGGCUUUACACAGUUUCCUGGUCAGGGAAAUUAUCAACAUCAUUCACCUAUCCCAGGUAAUCCUACACCUCCCAUGACCCCUGGUGCAGUUCAAGCUUACUCACAGGCUGAUAUCAAACCAAGUUUCCCCCCUGAUAUUAAACCACAUUUACCAAUCAAAAAAGAAGAUGAAUUGCGAUUAACGUUCCCAGUUCGAGAUGGAGUGGUUUUACCUCCAUUCCGACUGGAACAUAAUCUGGCUGUGAGUAACCACGCAUUUCACCUCAGGGACUCAGUUUAUCAGACAUUAAUGUGGAGAUCUGAUUUAGAGUUACAAUUAAAAUGUUUUCAUCAUGAAGAUCGUCAAAUGAGCACUAAUUGGCCAGCAUCCGUCACUGUUAGUGUCAACGCCACACCCCUUAUAAUCGAACGUGGGGAAAAUAAAUCGUCUCAUAAACCUCUGUAUCUUAAAGAAGUUUGUGCUCCAGGCAGAAAUACCAUUCAAAUCACCGUCACUGCUUGCUGUUGUUCUCAUUUAUUUGUUUUACAAUUGGUCCAUCGACCGAGUAUCAGAUCUGUUUUACAAGGCUUGUUACGGAAACGAUUAUUGCCAGCAGAACAUUGUAUCACCAAAAUCAAAAGAAAUUUUACACAAGUGCCAACAAGUAAUUCUAUGAAUGGCGGAGGUGAAGAUGGUGUGGAGCAAACGGCUAUAAAAGUGUCUCUAAAAUGUCCAAUAACAUAUCGACGUAUAACGUUACCAGCUAGAGGACAUGAUUGUAAACACAUACAGUGUUUUGAUCUGGAAUCGUAUCUCCAGCUCAACUGUGAAAGAGGUACAUGGCGCUGUCCAGUUUGCAAUAAAACAGCAUUACUGGAAGGGUUAGAAAUCGAUCAGUAUAUCUGGGGUAUUCUCAGUAAUCUGAAUAAUACAGAGUUUGAAGAAAUAACGAUGGAUCAGUCAGCAAGUUGGAAACCUGUUCCUAUCAAAUCUAUAAUAAAAGAAGAGGAGAGUGCAAAUGAUCAGUGUGCUAACAGGUGGCUGAAGGCAAUGUCACCGUCAAGUACACAAAUGCCAACUAUGAACUCCUGGGAUAUGGGCCCUCAGGCAUCCCCCUACAACCUCCAACCUAACUCAAAUGGAGAUCCCAUGGGUCAACAAUUACGGCAUCCAGAUCAAUCAAUUCCUAAUGGUGGUCACAUGAUUCCAAACUGUCCAUCACCACAAAUUAUGACAAAUGGCAGCCAUCCUCUGAGUCAUCCAUCACAGGGUAACAAUAAUCUUCAUCUCCCUCCAGCAGGGGAGUGCCAGUCAUUACCAGAUUUAAACUUUGACCCAUCCUCAAUAAUAGACAGCAAUGGGCAAACAGAAAAUUUACUUCUACCUGAAAAUCUUGGAGAUCCUUUAGAACUAUUAUCAUAUUUAGGGCCACCAGACGGCUCCAGUGAUUCGACCAAUCAAAAUAACAAUGCAAAUGGAACAAACGGAAAUAAUAAUAACAGUAAUAAUAAUAGUAACAAUAAUAAUAGUGACGAUCUCUUAGCGUUGUUUGAAUCUUGAAAUGCUUUUAAACUGUGAUUUAUGGACCAGGUGUGAUCAGUACUGGCGUUACACAUUAUAUAUGACUCAUUUUAAUUCUAUUAAAGUGUGUAGACAAAAGACUACAGGAUCUUUCAUAGAAACCAUUUUAAAAAGUUAUGACAGCGCCAGCUUUUUACAUUGGAAUCAUGCAGAAGCGUUAUCCAGCAAACCAUUUCUAAUGCAAUAUUGUAUUUUAAAAGUGUCAAUAUGCAGAUGUUCGUUUAUAAACAUCACAAGUGAAGUCAAAUAAAGGAGGUGUGUGAAAAAAAAUAGCGAAAUAUUCGCGCAACGGUGAAUUGAAUCCAGGUAUGGCUAACAACUGAAGGGAACAAAAUUUAAAAUAAAAACGGAGAGUUCUAGUUCAGUUAGUAAAUAAAAUAAACAUACAAAACAAUGAAAACAGGAGGUGAUGUGCUCAAGUGCAAACUGUAUCAUGUUGUUUAUUAUUAUUAUUAUUUUGAAAAAGAAGACUUAUGUACAUAAAAAGACUGGUAAAUAAAGAAUACAGCAGCACUAUAUAAAAAAAGACAAGUGUGUUACUGACAGCAAGUCAUGUAUCUUAUUAUUAUUACUAUUAUAACACCAGUCUACAUGUGAUUGAAGUAUUCACUUUUUGAUUUUAUAACAUAUAAAUAUAUUAUAUAUUAUCUUGGUCAUUAUUUGAUCAUAUCAAAGGACUAGAGUGUUUUAUAUAGAGGCAGCAAAAAUGUCAUAAAAUUGCAGUUUCAGAAAUGUCUGGAAUUGCAUUCAUUCAACAACAUCCAUGGGACAAUAAAGCAAGUUGGCUCAGUGCUAUUUUUGAUGAGGUUGCAAUACGUUAUAAGAAGCAGACCAUAGGUCACAGAUUGUUAUAUAAAUGUUUCUGUUAUAUUUUGUGAUCUGAAAAAGUGCAAGAACCAUUUGCAAUUAUAUUUUUAAAAGAUUUAGGCAAUAUUAUAUAAAAGUAUCAAGCUUUUGUUAAAGGCUUGAGUAACUUAUACGCAGGGCAGUGUUAGUGACUAUAAAAAGAAUUAGUUAACAAGAACAUAGUGCUGUGAGUAUUUGACAUGUAGACAGUUAAAAAUACAUGAAUUAUUUUUAAAACCACAAAUACAGAAUAUCAACAACUUGUGAUUAUUUUCUGAACAAUUAUUUCAAUCAACAUUUUUGAUCAAAAAGUGUUUUUGAAGAGCAAUGAAAUUUGAGGUUUUAUAACAUUUAUUAUUCUGUACAGUAGUACUAUAUUUAUUUUUUUAAUAUUAUUUCCCCCCAUUAUGUUAGGAAUAAAUAUUGGCAUACACUGGUCAAAUUGUAAAUACCUCUUCAAUUAUUUUUCGAAUUUCUAUUAUAUUUUUAUCCUUUAAAUUAAUAGAUUGACAUUUUAUCAUGAAGUGAAAAGUCGGACUUUUUAAACAAAAAAGAUUUUGGUUUAGUUAAAUUUUUAUGAAUAUUGGAAAGCAAUCCUAAAGAAAGAUAUUAAUUUUUGUAUAGCUCUUAUCAAUUGCCGUGUGUUGCCAUUAUUGAACCAUACAUAUUUAACAAAGAUUAUAAGAAUUUGUUCUAUACGUUAUUUAAGAAAAGCUCAUUUUACAAAUGUACAUAGUUUAUUGUGUUGUCUGAGGCAAAAUGUGACAUUAGUGUCCUUAAGACUACUAUUAUUAUCAUAGUAUAGAUUAUCUGUAAAUAGAGUUCAUUUAAAAAUUCAAACAUGUCCGUGGCUAAUAGAUAAUACACAAUUUAACCUAAAAUGACCAAUUGAACACCCCAUGUUGUGAAAGUGUCAAAAAGCCAAAGUAUAAAAUUCAAAUUUGAACAGACCAAAACCAUAACUUGAACCAAAAAUCAACAUUUUAAUUAAAAUCAUUUCUGUCACAUUGAAACAAUUUCAAAACCAUUUUCAUUCUGUACAAGAUCGGUCACAUUUCAUAACAAGUUGUUCAAUUGGCUAGUUGCUACUUUCACAACCAUUCAUCCACCAAUCUGAGCCUGGUUGAUGGAUGUUCCAGCAAAGAACCAUGGCUUUCGCAAUAUAUAGUUAUCACAGUGCUCAGUUUUGAUACUAGUAUAACCAUGAAUAUGACCAUAAAGCAAUAAAUAUAUGGCGUAAUUGGAUUUUGUUUAAUAUCGAUGGUUAUUUCGAACAAAAAAAGAUGGCGGACAUAUUAAUACUGAGCAUGAUACUAGUAUUUUGACCACCACUUCAAAUAGUGAGGUUGGUUGUGAAUUAAAUAGUCCUGUAUUUAUUAUUCAAUGUACAGUUUUUACAUCAUUAUUUUAUCCAUUCAAACAACCUCACCACACUUCUCCCCUUAUUCUUCCUUCCCCCUCCCUCCUUCCUCCUCUACUCUCUUCAAUUCCAGUAUUGUGUGUUACCCCCACUCCCCCAUCCUCCUUGCCUUUUGUCCAAAACUAAUUUAUUUUCUUGUACAUGCUUAUGAUAUAAAUAUCUGUAUUUGUGGCGACAACAAAAUAUAAAUGUUAGUGAUAAAUUUAGCCAAAGAUAAUUCCUUGAAUUGUUUUUUUUUUCAAUUUUCAUGAAAGGAUUACAGUACCUCAGUCUAAUCUUUGAAUGAAUUCUUCAAGUCACACAAUUAAAGAUAUUUUUGAUCUCAAAAUCUCACCAAUUAUGUGCAUUAUCGUUGAACGAAUUUAUUCAAAGUAUUCUCUCAAAAUACAUGUGAACCCCUCUCCUUUAUAUGACGACAAACAAAGCUUUAGAUGGGUUUCAGAACCAAAAAUGUUUCCUUCAAGAUGUAUGACUUUCAUGUGAUUAAAAUUGGUUAAAAUACUUACUAUCUUAUACAACUAUUUCAAUUGUUAAUUUGUGCAAUCCAUUACUUGGAUUAUAUAAGUUAUAAAAAAAUGGUCUUUGGCACCAAAAUAUGUACUUUAGUCCCUUUCAUGUGAUCAUUAUUUAAUCCAAUAAAUGAUAAAAACUGU